UCUGCUUCUACUGAAAGAAAAUUAAAUUCUUAUCGAGGCCAAUAGUUUCAAAAAUACUAGUUGAUACUAGGUCUGAGAAGUAUAUCCUUAUAUCAGACUAAUUGAAAUUGAUUGGACGACUCUUGAAUCAGUCUUUUCAGCCUUUGGUUGUCCAUGUAUGGAUCAUUUUUGGAUCGCGUCCCAGGGAAAACUAUUUCGGGCUCCACCCAUCGUUGUUUGACUUGGGACUUCGGCUUUUCGUUCCUUUCCAAUUCUUUCGUUUGGUUUUCUCUAUUCCUUGCUCGAAGUUUUUGGCCUGUAUUUCUAUGAACUCAAUGUUCCCUUUUUGAAUGUACCCGUAACAUUCAAGUGUCG